AUGCUGUCACGAUGGAUCCCUGCCGCCGGGCGCCAGCGAGGGCUGCUGGCCAGGCUGGGCUCACGCGCUUAUUCCCACGGGAGGGUAUUCGACGCAGCGGCCCGGGACGGCGAACUUCGGGUGUUCGUUGUCGCCGGUGAGGUCUCCGGCGAUUCGCUCGCUUCGCGCCUCAUGGCGUCCCUCAGGAAGCUCUCCCCUGUUCCCGUUCGUUUUGCUGGCGUUGGCGGAGAAUUAAUGUGCAAGGAAGGGCUGCAAUCACUUUUUCCCAUGGAAGAAAUUGCCAUAAUGGGGUUGUGGGAACUGCUGCCACACAUAUAUAACGUCAAGAGGAAGAUCAAGGAUACUUUAGAUGCUGCUAUACUAUUUCGGCCUCAUGCUGUAGUUACUGUUGAUUCAAAGGGUUUUUCGUUUCGCCUAUUGCAGCAAUUAAAAUGUAGGUACAACCAAAAAGUUGAUAGCCCUCUGCAUGUCCAUUAUGUUGCUCCAUCAUUCUGGGCCUGGAAAGGUGGUGAAAGGAGGCUCUCAAAGUUGCAUAAUUUUGUGGAUCAUAUGUUAUGUAUCCUUCCUUUUGAGGAUGAAAUUUGCAGAUUACAUGGGUUGCCUGCUACAUAUGUGGGCCAUCCCUUAUUGGAUGAUGCUGCUGGCUUAAAUGUGGCAGGGACUUCGCUUCAACAUAAAAAUGUGGACUCAGAAUUAUCUCCUGACAUGUCCAUGCGUCAACGAAGUGGUGAAGCUUUUAGACUGGAGCAUGGGUUGUCUCCAGAUGCCACAAUCUUAACCAUAAUGCCUGGAAGCAGGGUGCAGGAAGUAGCUCGUAUGCUUCCAAUCUUCUUUCGGACUGUGCAACAUUUAAGUCACACUUUAAAUGAUCUGUCACUAGUCAUCCCAGUUGCUCCACAUCGGGAUGUGAGGACCUAUGUUGAAAAUGUAGUUCGAUCACUGCCGUUUCCAGUGGUACUGAUACCUGGGGGGUCACUAGAAAAAAGAUAUGGUGCAUUCAAUGCUAGUAAAGCAGCAUUAUGUACUUCCGGAACAGCUGUCAUGGAAGUAAUGCUAGCAAAGCUACCCUGUGUGGUGGCCUACCAAGCUCAUUUCCUAACCGAGUGCUUCAUCCACCUGAGAAAAAAGAUAAACUUUAUUUCUCUACCAAACAUCCUUUUGGACUCUCCCAUUGUGCCUGAGAUCCUUUUUCGAGCGUGCACAGAUAAAAAUCUAGCUGCAAAACUAAGCGAGGUUAUCUUCAACGAUGAAGUCCGUCAGCUGCAAGUUGGAUCAGCUGAGCGAAUGCUCCAGGUCCUCUACGAACCGAUCAAGCGACAAGGCAAUUUGUUCGCAGAGGAGUUGGGGGACUCGGGCUUGUCAUCAGAUGUCUACUCCCCCAGCACGAUUGCAGCAUUGACAGUGCUUUAUACGGACAAAAAUCGGCGGAUGGUGCACCGGAAUUGA